AUGCAGUACCAGGGGUGUGGGUGUCUAUGCGUGAUUCGAAGAUUCAUUGAAUUGAUUGAACGUUGGAUCAUCACCAUCAUGAGUAAUCGACCUCGCACCACGUCCUUCGUGGAGGGCAGUAAAGCGGCCAAUACCAAUUUCGGUGGUCUCAAGAUCUCUUCCAAGGAUGGGAGCAAGGUGAUGACGGUGAUAGCCAGUCCGGGCCAAGGGCCUGAUCGAUCGACCGAGGUCUCCUAUACCGAUACCAAGGUCAUAGGCAAUGGAAGUUUCGGAGUGGUGUACCAAGCCAAAUUAUGCGAGACGGGCGAGAUGGUGGCCAUCAAAAAGGUGUUGCAGGACAAGCGGUUCAAAAAUCGCGAACUCCAAAUCAUGCGACGCCUCGAGCACUGCAACAUAGUCAAGCUCAUGUACUUUUUCUACACGUCAGGCGAAAAGAAAGACGAGAUCUAUUUAAACCUGGUCCUGGAAUUCAUUCCCGAGACGCUUUACAAGGUGGCCCGUCAGUACUCGAAGAGUAAACACACCAUCCCCGUCACGUUCAUCAAACUGUACAUGUACCAGCUGUUCCGUAGCUUGGCCUACAUCCAUUCUCAGGGUAUCUGUCAUCGCGACAUCAAGCCCCAGAAUUUGCUCCUGGAUCCGGAUUCGGGCAUCCUCAAGCUCUGCGACUUUGGGAGCGCCAAGCACCUGGUGCGGGGCGAGCCCAACGUUUCGUACAUCUGCUCGCGAUACUACCGCGCUCCCGAGCUCAUCUUCGGGGCCACGGAUUACACAACCAAUAUUGACGUGUGGAGCGCCGGUUGCGUGUUCGCCGAGCUCAUGUUAGGACAGCCCAUAUUUCCUGGGGACUCCGGCGUCGAUCAGUUGGUCGAGAUCAUCAAAGUGCUGGGUACGCCCACACGAGAGCAGAUCAAGGAAAUGAACCCCAACUACACAGAGUUCAAGUUUCCUCAAAUUAAGGCUCAUCCGUGGCAGAAGGUGUUCCGCGCUCGCACCUCCCCCGAGGCCAUCGAUCUGGUGUCCAGACUCCUGGAGUACACACCCUCGGCCCGAAUCACCCCCUUGCAGGCAUGUGCCCACACUUUCUUUGAUGAAUUAAGAGAGCCGGGCACCAAGUUGCCCAAUUCGAGAGACUUGCCACCUCUGUUCAACUUCACGGAAAAUGAACUGAAGAUCCAGCCCUCGCUUAACAGUCAGCUUGUCCCAGCUCACUUGUCCCAAGCGGGCAGCGGAGCCUCGGCCUCAGGAUCGAUCUCGGGGGCUGGAGGAGUCGGUGAGGCGGCGGGUGGCCCAGGGGCGUCCAUUGAGGAUGCCGGGGGUGUCGGAGGAGGGGCGGGAAAAGACUCGGCCAUGGCUCAAGGAUCCCCGAACAGUUCCAAUGCUCCACAUGUUGGAGGUGGCAACAGCGCGAGUUGAAGAGCGUCAAAGGCGCGGACAAAUCUUUCGAAGAAUGAAACUUAGACAAAACAUGAAAAGAAACAACACGAAGAAGAAGAAGAAAAAUAAUGCUAGAAAACACACCUCUUUCGUCUCAUAUUAUUAUUCCUACCACUAUCAUUUCCUUUCCUGGUAUAAUAUUUAACUUGUUUUUGACAUUGAAUGAGCAUUUAGUGCUUCACUCUUGAGUUGAAAAUACACGACAAAAAGCGUU